AUGUCUCAAGUCUGGCUCAUCACAGGAACCUCGUCGGGUCUAGGUCAUGAGCUUGCCAGAGCUGUACUAGGUCGCGGGGACAAAGUUAUCGCCACAGCUCGACAGUUAGACCGACUUUCUUCUUUGAAAGAACUCGGAGCUGCAACCUUACAGUUGGACGUAACUGCGCCUCAGGAGGAGCUAAAUCGCAAGGCUGAAGAGGCGAUCGCAGUCUAUGGGAGGAUUGAUAUCCUCGUCAACAAUGCCGGAUAUGUGCAAUUUGGUACGAUUGAAGAAACCAGCCACGAUCAAUGGUUCAAGCAAUUCAACACGAACGUUUUCGGGACACUAAACACCACCCGAUCAUUCUUGCCGCACAUGAGAGGAAGAAAAGCCGGAAUCAUUGUCUUCAUUGGAUCUAUGGUCGCAUGGGAUGGCGCUCCAACUGUCGGAACGUAUGCCGCUUCCAAGGCUGCGAUUCAUUAUGCUGUCGAUUCCCUCUCCAAAGAGGUAGAACCACUGGGGUUGAAGACACUCCUCAUUGAGCCGGGCACAUUUAUGACCGACCUUUUAUCCUGGCAAAACUCCAAGUCUGUUGAAAAACACAUUGAGGACUAUCGCCAACUAUCGGAAGAUAUGGACAAGGCUUUUACGGACUUGAACGGCACGCAGCUUGGGGAUCCGAAAAAAGGUGUCAAUCUAAUCAUUGAUGUUGUUAAAGGAGAUCAUGGAGCUAUGACGAAGACAUGGCCGAGUUCAUUGCCCCUGGGGUCCGAUGCUAUUGAGCUCAUUCGCAAAAAGUGCGAAAAUACCCUACGGGAAAUUAAUGAGUGGGAAAUAUUGUCAAAAUCGACCGAUCUUUAG